AACGUUCCCGGAACAAAGGGGUAUUUUUACCCAUUUUCUAUUUCAAGACCAAGUGUAAUAAAUACCCAUUUUUUUUAAGUUCGAGACGAAUACUCAUUUUAGGGUAAACGGCAAAUACCCAUUAAAUGGGUUAAGCUUUUAGUUCGAGUACCCAUUAAUGGGUAUUUCUGAACUAACGUGUGGAUGUGGAGCGCUUUCAAAUUGGGUUUUUGUUUACCUCUGUCGUCAGCAUCUAUCAACUAGUGCAACCAAAAUCUUCGCUUGGAAAAGUGUUUAAUUUAAUUAAUACUCUCGUUGUUUAUCUGAAAUAUAUAACUAACACGAUGGCUACGCUAGAAGAUAAAAUUCUCGGUGAAAAACUAGAGUAUUAUUGCAGUAGCAGUGAAGGUGAAAGUGACAAUGAAGACGCUGACUCCAAAGAUGCACCCAAGGGUGGUAAAUCUGGCUCCGAUCUGAAAUUUACACCAGAGAGCCAAAUCAUGGAGCAAUCGCACUGGUCCGGAAGCACCACAAACACCGGGCCGAAGGGCGUAAUCAAGGAUUGGCAACGCUUCAAGCAGCUCGAAACAGAAAAACGGGAAACUCAGGAGCGCGAAAAGUUGAACCUCAUUAAAAAGCUCAGCAUCACCGCACGCACCACCGCGGAAGAUGAGAAAGCCAAAGAGCAGGAACAGUUAGACGAAGAACUAGCAGAGCUAAUGAGCGAUGAUUUUCUGAUGCAGUACCAGAAAAAACGUAUGGCAGAGAUGCUGGCUUUAGCGGGCAAAUUGCCAACUUUCGGUACCCUGGUGGACAUCCAGAACGGAGAUGACUUUUUGAAAUCGGUUGAUGAGGAACAAAAGACGGUCACGGUCAUUAUCCACAUCUAUGAUCGUUUCGAUACGGCUUGCAAAAACAUGAACAAAUCCCUCGGAGAGCUCGCUCUGGAGUACAAGAACGUUAAGUUUUGCAAGUUUAUGAGUUCUAUGGCCGGCUUGAGCAGCUUUUUCAAAUCGAACGGAGUUCCUGCUCUGCUGGUGUACAAGGGAGGCCAAAUGAUUGGCAACUUCGUGCGGGUUACCGACGAUCUCAGCGACGAAUUCGACAGCUCCGACGUGGAAGGUUUCCUGAUCGAGGCUGGAAUGCUACCGGAUAAAUCAUGUGUUCCUGCAAUAGUGACUGGGGUAGCUGGAAUUGCAAACUAAUAUUCUUAAUUAAGCAUUGCGUUCGAAAAUAAGGUAUUUUUAAGUUAUAUAGUACAUCUAUGUCUAGCUUAAUGUGGAAUUAUUAUAAAGAUUUUUAUAUCCUUCCAA